AUGUCCCACUUAGGAUCGGAAUAUGACCGUAAACAUGUCUUCCAGAUCCAAUGCAGAGAUUGUGCUGAAGUUUUGACAAACCGUGGCAUGAAUGCUGUGCUACUUUCGGAUAGAUCAGUUCAAUUAUACUCUACGGAUCUUAAACCACAUACCGUUGGUUUCGUUUACGGUGAUUAUAAUGCAGCGUCUUGUUUAUGUCGUGUAAGAGACACUGCUUGUCUGAACUGUGGAAAUGUCGUUGGCUACCAUGUGAAUUUACCAUGCAAAAAUUGCUUAUCGCAAACCAACAACGGCCAUUAUUGGAUGUUUCGCAGCGACAGUAUCACAAGCGCGAAUAUUUACGUCGUGUGCAAGUAUAACUUUUCUGUAUUAUUUUAA